CUGCCGAGAAGGGCUCACGCUGCCGCCUCCGUGGGGUGGUGGGAUCCGGGGUGGGGAGCGGUGCCGCCAGCGCCGUGGGGCAUGCCUGCCCCGGCUGGGAGGGCUGGGCACCAGGACUUUGCACCCGUGUGGGGUCCAGAGUCCGUCCUACCUGCACGGGACCAGCCCGGCCACAGCCUGCAUGAGGCCCCGCUGCCGCGGCGGGGGGGACGGGACGGACAGACGGACGGACAUCACGGGGCAGGAGUGACCCAUCCGUGACGCCGGUGGGAGCCCAGCCGCAGAGCACCGGUUUGUGAGCACCGGCCGGUCCCCUGGGACGCCCGGCUCCGGCGCGGCCGCCCCCCCCCCCCCCCGGCGCGAUGCCGAUCCUCAAGCAACUCGUCUCCAACUCUGCCCACUCCAAGCGGCGUUCGCGGGCCGACCUGACGGCCGAGAUGAUCAGCGCGCCGCUGGGCGAUUUCCGCCACACCAUGCACGUGGGGCGGGCGGGGGACGCCUUUGGGGACACCUCCUUCCUCACCAGUAAGGCGGGAGAGCCGGGGCCGGAGAUGGGCGAGGAGCCGGGCGCCUCCAAACCCAGUUUGCUCUCCCGGCGUUUCCGCAGCAGCAAGCGUUCGCAGUCGGUGACGCGAGGGGACCGGCGGGACAUGCUGGGUUCGCUGCGGGACUCGGCGCUCUUCGUGAAGAACGCUGUGUCCCUGCCCCAGCUCAACGAGAAGGAGGUGGACAGGAGCGCGGGGCAGCUGCCCAAGAGCCUCUCCUCCAGCCCCGUCAAGAAGCUGCCCGAGGAGGUGAGCCCCGAAGAGCAGCAGCGCCCAAACGGGGCGGCCGCCGGGCCACUGAGCCCCGGCUUGGACGAGCGCGACUUCGGGGACAUCACGGAGCUGCCCGUGGUGGUGGCCAAGAGCGGGGCGGGCAUGAAGCACGCCGAGUCCAUCAUGUCCUUCCACAUCGACCUGGGGCCUUCCAUGCUCGGGGACGUCCUGAGCAUCAUGGAUAAGGAGCAGUGGGAGCAGGACGAAGACCCCGAGGCGGAGGAGAGCCGUGAGGAGGAGGAGGAGGAUGCCGCCCUGGCCGGCUCCCCGGCGUCAGCCCCGCCGAGCCAGAGCCCGUCCUGCAGCGCCGGCACCCGCUGCCCCAGAGACAGCAGUUCUGCAUCCAGCUGCACCUCGGGACCAGAGGAGCGCAGCCCCGUCCCCGGGCCACCGAGCCAGCGAGGGGGCCCCCCGAAACGCCCCGACAAGGAGUUCUCGUUCGCUGACGAAGACGACGACGAGAUCCGAGUAUAAAAGGCGGGCGGCCGAGCCAAGGGGUCUGGUUCUCAUUUGUGGUUGCUUGGACACGGGGCCGAAUACCCCGGUGCUGCAGCGGGUGGCACCGGGGAAGACUCAACUCCUCACUCGUUCCCUCUCCCCGUGCGACGGCGGACGUGUCGCGGCAGGACAGCGUUCUGCUCCCGGGGCCGGGGGCAGCCCCGACGCCUCGCGGCCCCCAGAGAGCUCCAGCACAUCUCAGAAGGGGAAAGCAGACUCGAUUUUGGUUCUUUCUGUUGGACUUGGGAUAUUAGCUCUCUUCUUUUUUUCCCCCUUGCCCAUGUAAAGCAAUAUAGGAUCAAACAAGACGAGGCUUUGACAUUUUAGCCCCUUUAGUAAUAUAUAUUUUUUUCCGCCAUAUGGUUUUUACUGCUCUCUGAUUUGUACUUAACUUUCUUUACUCGCUUUUGGUAUUAACGGAGGGGAGAUUUCCCAUGAGGAAGGAUUUGGCUCUGGAGCUCAGAGGGGGCCCGGGACUGUGGGCAGCUCCAGCUCCCCGGGUUUCUCGGGGACUUUUUUCAGACCAAGAGCCUCCAGCCCCGUGCCGUGCCGUGGGCUCACUCCCCAUCCCUUGGAUGGUUGGAUCCAUCCCAGACUCUCGACCCUCCAAACAACCCCGGGGGUUGUGGGGAUGGCCCCUUGGCCAGCCCUCACACCGGCUGCUCCCGGGGAUGCCGAGGGGAGCGUGGGUCUGUCCCCCGUGGGAGGAACACCUGGAACCCCCCCAUGAGCCAGGGCGAGUCCUUGGGGGCCGGCGGCCGCUGUCGUGGGGCCGGUCUGGCUGGGCAGCGCCGACACUGGCCUGGCGCAGGCGGUUGGAGGAGGGUUUUAUACCAUGUAUGUACAAAUGCAAAGAAUAAAAGGAAAUUGGUAGUGACA